GCGUGGAGGAGUGAUUUAUUGCGUUCUAUCCCUAGGAAGCAAUGACUUGGCCUCUACCAUCUGCAGAGCGCACUGGGACCCUGCUCCCAGAGCUGGUUUGCAGUCUGGGAACUGAGAUGCGCUCUGGGACUUGUAGUUUUCCCCAGUGCCAGGAAACUCAAAAAUCGAGACAUCGGAUCUCACCACGAGGGGUCGCCCUUGAGCGAGUACGGUGGAAUCUUAUCCUGUACUUCAGAAGGCUGUUGCAGACAUCCAACAAUCACAAGGAAGAACGGGAGUUUUUCUGAUUGACAGAUAUGGUUGUCAAUGAUAGUCAAGAUUCGGAUGUUAAAGCCCGCCCUCUUUUGCCUGGUUGGCUGGAGCAACGAAGUGAUAUUUAUAUGAACCAAUGGGAAAUUCUUAGGGAACGAAUUAGUAGCUCAAUCCCCAACACCAUUGGUCCACAUUGUCUACUGGCACGUCUGCCUGCCAAUAAGAUGGUGGAACUUCGCCAAUGGGCAGAGCCAACGUGCCUUUUUUCGGAAACACCCCCUUCCUCUCUUGACAACUUGCUUUCUGCCGCUAUUGGCUCUUGCACAACAGUGACGGUUCUUUUGUCCAGUAAGUCAGCAAGACGGUCCCCAGGGGGAAGGUUUACUCAACCAUAGGCCCGUGCCUAGUUUUUAUUGGCUAGUGUAUCCGAGUGGCGGUGCAGCCGGCCAGUCGCGUGCGGCGCGAGUGCUUUGGGCGCAGCCCCCGGGGCCGGGGCGGGAGGUCGCUCGGGUCGGGUGUCGCCUGAGAACCGGAUGAGGCGGCGACCGUGAGGCCGAGCCGGGAGUGGGCGUCUUGCCGAGGCCCGGGCGGGCGGGGAGCAACGGCUACAGACGCCGCGGGGCCAGGUCGUUGAGGGUCGGCGGCGGGCGAGGAGCGCAGGGCGCUCGGGCCGGGGGCCGCCGGCGCCAUGGGCAACCGCGGGAUGGAAGAGCUGAUCCCGCUGGUCAACAAACUGCAGGACGCCUUCAGCUCCAUCGGCCAGAGCUGCCACCUGGACCUGCCGCAGAUCGCUGUGGUGGGCGGCCAGAGCGCCGGCAAGAGCUCGGUGCUGGAGAACUUCGUGGGCCGGGACUUCCUUCCCCGCGGUUCAGGAAUCGUCACCCGGCGGCCUCUCAUUCUGCAGCUCAUCUUCUCAAAAACAGAACAUGCCGAGUUUUUGCACUGCAAGUCCAAAAAGUUUACAGACUUUGAUGAAGUCCGGCAGGAGAUUGAAGCAGAGACCGACAGGGUCACGGGGACCAACAAAGGCAUCUCCCCAGUGCCCAUCAACCUUCGAGUCUACUCGCCACACGUGUUGAACUUGACCCUCAUCGACCUCCCGGGUAUCACCAAGGUGCCCGUGGGCGACCAGCCUCCAGACAUCGAGUACCAGAUCAAGGACAUGAUCCUGCAGUUCAUCAGCCGGGAGAGCAGCCUCAUUCUGGCUGUCACGCCCGCCAACAUGGACCUGGCCAACUCCGAUGCCCUCAAGCUGGCCAAGGAAGUCGAUCCCCAAGGCCUACGGACCAUCGGUGUCAUCACCAAGCUUGACCUGAUGGACGAGGGCACCGACGCCAGGGACGUCUUGGAGAACAAGUUGCUCCCGUUGAGAAGAGGCUACAUUGGCGUGGUGAACCGCAGCCAGAAGGAUAUUGAGGGCAAGAAGGACAUCCGUGCAGCACUGGCAGCUGAGAGGAAGUUCUUCCUCUCCCACCCGGCCUACCGGCACAUGGCCGACCGCAUGGGCACGCCACAUCUGCAGAAGACGCUGAAUCAGCAACUGACCAACCACAUCCGGGAGUCGCUGCCGGCCCUACGUAGCAAACUACAGAGCCAGCUGCUGUCCCUGGAGAAGGAGGUGGAGGAGUACAAGAACUUUCGGCCCGACGACCCCACCCGCAAAACCAAAGCCCUGCUGCAGAUGGUCCAGCAGUUUGGGGUGGAUUUUGAGAAGAGGAUCGAGGGCUCAGGAGAUCAGGUGGACACACUGGAGCUCUCCGGGGGCGCCCGAAUCAAUCGCAUCUUCCACGAGCGGUUCCCAUUUGAGCUGGUGAAGAUGGAGUUUGACGAGAAGGACUUACGACGGGAGAUCAGCUAUGCCAUUAAGAACAUCCACGGAGUCAGGACCGGGCUUUUCACCCCGGACUUGGCAUUCGAGGCCAUUGUGAAAAAGCAGGUCGUCAAGCUGAAAGAGCCCUGUCUGAAAUGUGUCGACCUGGUUAUCCAGGAGCUAAUCAAUACAGUUAGGCAGUGUACCAGUAAGCUCAGUUCCUACCCCCGGUUGCGAGAGGAGACAGAGCGAAUCGUCACUACUUACAUCCGGGAACGGGAGGGGAGAACGAAGGACCAGAUUCUUCUGCUGAUCGACAUUGAGCAGUCCUACAUCAACACGAACCAUGAGGACUUCAUCGGCUUUGCCAAUGCCCAGCAGAGGAGCACGCAGCUGAACAAGAAGAGAGCCAUCCCCAAUCAGGGGGAGAUCCUGGUGAUCCGCAGGGGCUGGCUGACCAUCAACAACAUCAGCCUGAUGAAGGGCGGCUCCAAGGAGUACUGGUUUGUGCUGACUGCCGAGUCGCUGUCCUGGUACAAGGAUGAGGAGGAGAAAGAGAAGAAGUACAUGCUGCCUCUGGACAACCUCAAGAUCCGUGAUGUGGAGAAGGGCUUCAUGUCCAACAAGCACGUCUUCGCCAUCUUCAACACGGAGCAGAGAAACGUCUACAAGGACCUGCGGCAGAUCGAGCUGGCCUGUGACUCCCAGGAGGACGUGGACAGCUGGAAGGCCUCGUUCCUCCGAGCUGGCGUCUACCCCGAGAAGGACCAGGCAGAAAACGAGGAUGGGGCCCAGGAGAACACCUUCUCCAUGGACCCCCAACUGGAGCGGCAGGUGGAGACCAUUCGCAACCUGGUGGACUCAUAUGUGGCCAUCAUCAACAAGUCCAUCCGCGACCUCAUGCCAAAGACCAUCAUGCACCUCAUGAUCAACAAUACGAAGGCCUUCAUCCACCACGAGCUGCUGGCCUACCUAUACUCCUCGGCGGACCAGAGCAGCCUCAUGGAGGAGUCGGCCGACCAGGCGCAGCGGCGGGACGACAUGCUGCGCAUGUACCAUGCCCUCAAGGAGGCGCUCAACAUCAUCGGCGACAUCAGCACCAGCACUGUGUCCACGCCUGUACCCCCGCCCGUCGAUGACACCUGGCUCCAGAGCGCCAGCAGCCACAGCCCCACUCCACAGCGCCGACCGGUGUCCAGCAUACACCCCCCUGGCCGGCCCCCAGCAGUGAGGGGCCCCACUCCAGGGCCCCCCCUGAUUCCUGUGCCCGUGGGGGCAGCAGCCUCCUUCUCGGCGCCCCCAAUCCCAUCCCGGCCUGGACCCCAGAGCGUGUUUGCCAACAGUGACCUCUUCCCAGCCCCGCCUCAGAUCCCAUCUCGGCCAGUUCGGAUCCCCCCAGGGAUUCCCCCAGGAGUGCCCAGCAGAAGACCCCCUGCUGCACCCAGCCGGCCCACCAUUAUCCGCCCAGCCGAGCCGUCGCUGCUCGACUAGGCCUCGAGGGGGGCGUGCUCUCGGGGGGGCCUCACCACCCGCGGCGCAGGAGCUUCAGUGGUCUGGGGCCCUCCGCCGCCCCUAUGCCGGGACCAGGCUCCCAGUGGGCAGCCCUGGCCUCUUCCUUAACGCUGGCCCCGGUCCAGGGCCGGCCCCUGUGCCUGGCUGGACACCGCACUGUGCAAAGGGGCCCUGGAGCUCCAGGCAGGGGGCGCUGGGGUGUCGCACUUUGGGGGAUGGAGUCUCAGGGUGGCAGAGGGGGGACCUGAACCCUUGACACCAUCCUGAAUGAGGGGUCCAGCCUGGGGGGGACUCUGCCAGGGUCUUCUUGGGCUGGGAAAGCCCAUGUAGGGCAGGCCUUCUAGAAGUGGGGGCACCAAGGGCGCCUACAUCCCCAGGCCUUGCUGGGGUGCGGGGGUAUAUCAACUUCCCAUUAGCAGGAGCUCCCCAGCGGCAAGCCUGGCCCAGUGGGCUCGGUAGUGCCCAGCUGGCAGGCCUGAGGUGUACAUAGUCCUUCCUGGCCAUAUUAACCACACAGCCUGAGCCUGGCCCAGCCUCGGCUGCCAGAGGUGCCUUUGCUAGGCCCGGAGCCGUUGGCCCGGGCCGGCCUUGCCCUAUUCCUCCUCCUCCUCCUCCUGGGUCCCCCAUAGUGGCUGGGCUUGGGCUAUGUGGGUGGUGGUGGCGGGGGGCCUUGGGGGCCUCUCAGCUCCCGCCCAUGCCUCCCUGAUGGGUGGGCCCCGGGCGGCCUCUCUCUGAGCAGACCUCACCCACUCCUCGCUCGGUUUGACCACUGUAAGUGCCUGCACUCUGUAUUCUAUUAAUAAACUAAAAUAAAGGGAAGACGCUGCUGGUG